UCGGCUGCAGCUAUAUUCCGUUGUAUGAAGCAAUAUGCAACGUGAUUAUGCAGGUUACCGUCUUCAAUGAUAGAUGUCUGGAUUAAUCCUCCUUUCAGCUACAAGGAAUCCUCAACCUCAGGGUCAGCCAAUUCGUCCUGGUUACACCAUCUGGAUUUCUCGCCUUUCACCCUACCCGAGGCCAGUUCCUUCUGAGGUCAUGGAUGGCUAUCGCCGCUUUCAGCUGUCUCACAUCGCCUAGCUCUGGACCAGCUCUGUUCUCCUGACCUUCCUGAGCAUUCUUUUCUGCUGUCCCAUAUUGUGAGGAAACCUCCCAAUAGCACUUCCUCCUCCCAAACUCCUUUGGCUGACUUCAUGGACCAGCGAACUCAAACUGAUGGCUGUCCUCGUGCUGAACCUUGCUGCCCUGAGCUUGAAACUCCCGUCUCUCCUCCACGUCCUUCAUCACCUCCUCUCGCCUGCAUUCGCCCUCUCUCUCCUGCAUUGGCUUCCUCUGACUCUGAAACUGGAUCUCCAGUUUACAUCCCCUCUUCUCCCUCUCCUAGGCCUGGUUCUCCAGAUUACACUCCAACUUCUCCUAGGCCUGAUAGUACUGUGCUUUAUUACUUUUACUAAGUUUUAUAACUACAAAAAACUCCUUUUCUUACUCAUGACUUAUGAGUGGUUAUUUAUAUAUGUAACUUGUAUAUUGCCUUAAACUAUUAUGACAUCAGGGGUCUAUUCCCAUGUGUCUUAUGACACCAAUCAUAAUCCUUCAUAUUACUUUACUUCUGGGUAUAAUGUAUAAUGUAUAAUUAUAUAAUGUAAUAUAAAUAUAUAUAAUAUAAUGUAUAUGCUAUUAGAGACGAAUUUCUUUACACAGAUUUUUCACAACACCCGUCGUUAUAAGGACGCUUACCAGAGGAUGGAGAACUGUCAAAAUAAUAGCAAAAGACACCGGAAAAAUUUUGUAUGGCUGGGGAGAAAAACUUUGGGACUUAAUAGAGACAAUUUGAGGCAUAAUCAUGAAGUGGUGGUGGAUAAUCGUUGCAAUUGUAGGACCUAUAAUAAUCUUAAUAAUAGCAGUGAAAUGUAUUUAAUGUUGGAUACAAUGUGCAAGGUGUCUGUGAAUUUUCAGCUCACGGAAAUCACGAAGACAUGGGAGUGGAGCGGAAGAGCGAAGAAGACUACUGACAUCGGGUGGUGUGGAGAUGUGGACCCGUUAAUAGGAGACUAUGUAGUGGUGGAGCUCAAUGGCGAGAUGUCACUACGGAGGGAACCAUGGGACAUACUCCGGGCAAUUGUGGACGGGACUGGGCAUUUAGGUGGCAAGCUGGUCACCAGGAUGUGGGUAACUGAAACACCAGAAUGGAAAUAUAAUCCGCAAGAUCCAAUUUAUCAUGCUCAAAUUUCUUUUAGUAAUCGGAAAGUACGGAUACAUAAAGAUUUGGACCCAUCACUAGAUGAGAUAGCGCUUUUGUUUCUUUGCUUUUGUUUCUUAUAAAGUCUACAUGCUUGCAUCACAAAGGACAGUUGAUUUAGGACAAAAAAAAACCCCAAAAACUACUACCUACUAAAUUUGAAGCUGAAGUGGUCAAUUAAAAAAAAAUGCAGUCGUAUUUGUAUAAUGCAGAGGUAUGCAGUUCUUUUGUGCUAUGCCAAUGACUCCAAAAGGGGGUGUGAAUAGAAAUGUUAGGAGUGGAGUAACUGCCAUAUCACAUGUAACUGCCAUACAACGUGCACAUGGUUAUCCUUAUGUGACAAUCUCAUCCAAGACUAUAAAGAAACAAAGAUAAAUUAAUGCAGCAAAAAGAGAGAAAGGAAUAAAAGACAACAAAGACAGAGAGCAAGGAAAAAGGAAGCUGUGGAAAAUAAACUAAAAGAAAUGGGGAAAUUGUUAUAUGACAUAAAGAAAUUGAAUAUAUCUGAUUAAAACUGUAAAGGAAAAGAUCUAGAAGGAACCUGAUUCAACAGAAAGAGGAACAGACACUGUACCUAGACAGUUGGAUCAAGACCCAUCAUCUUGCUGAAAGAAGAUUAUUGUUUUCUUUUCCAUUUUAUAGAAUGAUAAGUUUCCUUUACCUUUUAUAUGAAUUUUCUUUUUCAUUUUUUUAGUUUAAUUUACCCUUAUAUGAAUUUAUGUAACCAUUGUGAGAUUAAGAAAUGAUAUAACAUUAAUUAGUAUGUUUAGAUAUUAAGACAGAAAGUAACAGUGAAAGCUUAAAAGGAAAUCACAAGGUUUUGUGUCAGCAGAAUAAGAACACACAGUCAGCCGUGCAUCUUAGGGGACUUCUCAGGUUGUUUUCCAAAAGUAUGACAGUUAUGACAUCAUACUAACAAAAUAGAAUAAAUAGGGCUUUAGAACGAGUUAUCAGUGUGCAUUCACCUUGAGGCAAGCUCAUUGUGUUAUACUUUGUUAUUGCUUAUAGAAAGUGCAUCAGGAGAACAAAUGCAGGCUUACACUUGGAGAGUGUUUCUUGGUUUGUUUUAUCUUUGCAUUUUACUUAUUUCUACUUACGCUAGAAUCGUUUGACUAUUUGAAGGAAAUUUUGUUCGUAAUUUUCUUUUACCUUACAUAUAUUACACACCUAUUUGUAUUACACUAUUUUUAAUAAAAACAAGUCCUCCCAUUGUGAAGAUCUUGAAAAGACAAAAAGGUCUAAGUCUGACUCCUUCAUCUAAAGAUUCAAUCAAUAGAAUAGGUAGAAGAACUUGAAGCAGAACCUUUGUUAGAAGACCGAGGGACUUCGAAGGAUACCUGCGUUCAAGUCAUGGGUUCCUGCUGCAUGCUAUUAGGUGCCUGGGGAGAAUCAUCUCCAGUCAUGACGGAUGAAUGUGGCAGUGACUCCUUCAUUCCAGUCGAUUCCAAAUGCCUGGAAAUAGCUGCCCUGGGAAGACCUCUGUAUCCUGGCAUAUUGUAUGAUUGCCGGAGUGACUCCUUUAUUCCAGGUGUUACUUUAUGGGAUAAAAAUGCAUUGAGUGAUGACCUUGAUGUUCAUCAGAAGCCUAAAGCUCAUCUGAAAUUUGCUGCCUCUGAUAGUCUCAGUGAUAAGGCAAACCUUCUAGAUAUAAACGCUUCCCUUAAAGCCAGUUUUCUAAGUGGAUUGGUGGAGGUUGGAGGAUCGGCCAAGUACCUGCAAGAUACCAGAUCUUCAGCAUGUCAGUCCAGAGUUACUAUGCAGUACAGCCAGACAACAACAUUUGAACAGUUCACUAUGAAGGAGCUCGGUAAUAUCACCUACCCACAAGUAUUUGACCAGAAAACAGCCACUCAUGUAGUUACAGCUGUACUGUAUGGAGCUCAGGUUUUCAUGGUGUUUGAUUAUACAAGUGCAGAAAAUGAGAACAAACAGGAAAUUGAAGGAAACCUUCAUGCAGUGGUCAAGAAGAUCCCUACCAUUUCCAUUGAGGGGCAAGCAUCCCUUAACAUGACUGAAGAUGAAAAAAAAAUGGCUGAGAAUAUUAGCAUCACAUUUUAUGGUGACUUUAAACUUGAAGAAAACCCCACCACAUAUAAGGAAGCCCUGAAAGUGUUCAAGAAAGUGCCUGCUUUGCUGGAACAACAAGGUAAAGGUGUGCCUCUGACAGUGUGGCUGUAUCCUCUCAAUCUUUUGGAUGAUAAGGCUGCAAGGUUGGUGAGAGAAAUUGAUAUGAGCCUGUUGUGUGAAACAGAAAGUUUGCUGGAGGAACUCAGUGAAAAGGAGAGAAUAUGCAAUGAUUUGUUGAAAAGACAAAUAACCGAUGAUUUCCCUGAUCUAAAAUCCAGGUUGCUAAAGUUUCAGGAAUUAUACAGAAAUUAUACAAAUUUAUUAAAGAAGGCACUGUGCAGAGUGCUGCCAGCUAUUCGUGGUGGGACACAAGAGGACAAGACACUGGGGGACAUCCUGAACAUACAUUACACAUCACCCUUCAAUGUUAGCAACAUGAACAAAUGGUUAGAUAACAUUACAACUGAAUUAAAUAUCCUGAGCUCCUAUGCAGUUGGGUUGAAGGACAUCACAGUUGUGAAAUCAUCAGCGUCACUCAAUUCUAUUUGCCUUCAUCCUGAUGUUGAUGUGGUGGUAUGUUUGUCAUUUACAUCUCUAAUGCGUGAUGACUCCUACCUAGCAGCUCUACAGGACUUUAACAAAUCUGAAGAAUUUAAAAUGUUGGGGCAAACAAGUGAGAGAGUUUCCAUUCUCCAACCAGCACAGCCUUGGUUCACUUCUCCUGACAUUUCUGCAAGGAUGAGGCAGAAUCUUUCUCUCUUUACCUCUUUUUUAAAGGCCAAUAAAAAUGAGAAGAGAAUCAAAUUAGUCAUUGCCUCCAUAUCUGAUCCCAGCAAUCCAGGAACCUCCAUCCGACUUUAUCAGAAAGGUUCUCUGACAGAUCCUAAGUUCCAGCCUGUAUCCAAACCUCCCAAACCUGUAGUGGAGACCAGUGAUGGGAAAGUCACCCUGAAGCUUUCAAAAUCCCCAACUGGAGAGACUGUACACUUCAGAGUUGAGUACAGGAUGAUACCUUCAAAUGAUUCAGCAGCUGAUGUUGAGGAAUGGACAGUCAUAGACACCUCAAAUGCACAGAAAACCUUCACAUUGACUGGAAUAAAGCCAACAGAACAAUACUGGGUCCGAUACAGAGCUGUUAGUGAUGUGGGAGUGAGUGAAGCAAGCGACUCUGUCCAAUUCACCAUUAUUGGAAAGCUCACUGUGACAGAAGACCAAUGGAACUUUUCCAUAUCCUGCCUCAUUAACAAUCUAAGGACUAAAAUAAUGAACAGUCCUUCUGAUGUACCUAGUCCAGUCUGCAACCCAAGCAAAUCAUAUUUGGGAUCAGUCCCUGGAGGCUUGAGACCUGGUGUGGCUUUGUUCUUUCAAGGGAAAGUUCCAUCAGAUUGUGAUCGCUUUGCAAUAAAUUUGCAGACUGGACCGAAGUACCGUCAUGAUGUUGCUUUCCACUUCAACCCCCGUAUGUCCAAUGUGGUCCUUAACAGCUGCAGCAAUGGGAAAUGGGGGAAUGAAGAGUGCCAACCAGCAUGCCCAUUUGUCCCUGGAGCAGCUUUUGAUAUCAUCAUGCUUAUUAACUCCGAAUGCUAUGAGGUGCUCGUGAAUGGCAAGAAAUACUGCACGUUCAAGCACCGUAGACAGUUGGACACAGUGACUGCAAUUUGUAUUGAUGGAAACAUCUUCAUGAACACCAUUGCCAUUAUUAAAGUGGAUGAUGUUAAUCUGAAUGUCAGCGUCUCCAGUCCUGGCAACAUUUGAGGAUUCAAAUCUUCUCCAUUACCAAUGACAUUUAUUUUGGUAUAUUUCUGAUUAGUUAUAUCAGAUUUGCAAUAGAUGGGUCUGAUUUGUCUUUUUAUUACUCGGUAAUUUGUUAAAUCAGCAACUACUGAGCAAGCUUUACUUUACUUUACUUUCUUUCUUUCUUUCUUUCUUUCUUUCUUUCUUUCUUUAUUUAUUUAUUUAUUUAUUUAUUUCAGUCUUUGUUGUUUAUUAGUGUUAGAAAUGCAUACUAUAUUUUCUUUACUAUACUUUUUGUACCUACAGUCAAUGAUACAGGUCAUUUGCAAUAUCUAGAUAGAUAAGUACUUUAUUAAUUCCCCCUGAGGAAAGUGGCAGCCGAACCAUACAAUAUAAAGGAUAAAAUAUAUAGAAUUACAGUAGAUACAAUAGAUACAAAAAUAACACUGUACAAAACUACACAGAAUAUACACAAAAAAUAUAUUCAUACUAACACAAAAUGUACCCAAUAUAUAAACAGAUGCAUGUUAUGUAUGAAUUGUCCUUCAGUUUUAAUGGAAUGAAUGUGUCAAUGUAGUUCACUAAAAAACUAAAAAGUUCAGAGCAGUUGUGUGUUAAAGGCCUUGUGUGAAAGCAUGUGUUCAGUUAUUAUACCGAGAAUUGACUGCAUUUAGUCUUAUUAGGCAUGUGACAUUUGUUUGUUUGUUACUUUAUUUUCUUGGGAAAUAUAUAUAUUAAUCAUGUGUCAUAUAAAUACAGAUUUAUGGCUUCAUCAAAUGUAUAAUAAUAUAUAAAAUGAAUAGGGAGAGAGCAAAUAAAAUAUGUGAUCAAAGGAGCACAAUUCAGACCUAAAUGUAAUUUUGAGUUAUCAUUUCAUCUACCAGCAUGUUUUUGGAGGUAGAGGAAAUCAGAGAACCAAGAGCCACCCAUAUGAACUUACAACCACCCGGAGACUCAUCACAGGAAUACAUUCGGGUACACUGAUGUUGUGUUGUAGUAUUGUAGUGGCCAAGUAUGCAAGUACAAAGAAUUUUGUGGUCCCAACAUUUGUCCAGUUAAUGCUAUUGCUGUUGUUUCCUGAGAGUCCUCGUUACUUACUGAUUGAGAAACACAACAUUCAUGAAACUCUUAAUGGUAAUUUUAUUAUUUAUUCACAAUAUAAUAUUUGAGAAGAGUUUUCUGGCAAUGCCCUGAAACUACUUUGUUGAAGUAAGAGUCAACGCAAGUGUUUCCUAAUAUGCAUAUCUGCAAAUAUACAAAAGAAUAGAAAUGCUAAAAUAAAUUCUAUG